UUUUCCCUAUCAAGAACCUCGCCAACGUGUUGCCGCCGGUCCGCUAAUCCCGUUCAGGACACAUCCUGUCCCCUCCUUUCUGCAGCUAUGGCUCCUAAGGACUACGCGGCCGAAAAAGAGAAAGCUAAAAGGUUUCUACAGGAGUUUUACCAGGAUGAUGAGUUUGGCAAGAAACAAUUCAAGUAUGGAGACCAACUGGUACGUUUGGCUCACAGGGAGCAAGUAGCUCUAUAUGUGGAUCUGGAUGACAUUGCAGAAGAUGACCCUGAGCUAGUGGACUCGAUAUCUGAGAACACAAAGCGAUAUACCCAGCUCUUUACCGAGGCUGUGCAGGAGCUACUACCACAGUACAAAGAAAAAGAGGUAGUGAAUAAGGAUGUUUUGGAUGUAUAUAUUGAACACCGGCUAAUGAUGGAGCAAAGAAACCAGGACCUUGGAGCUACCCGUAAUCCUCAGAAUCAAUAUCCCUCUGAGCUCAUGUGUAGAUUUGAACUAUACUUUCGUAGCCCAAGCAGCAGCAAACCAAAAGUGAUUCGAGAAGUACGGGCUGAUUCAGUAGGAAAGUUGGUUACUGUGCGUGGGAUUGUGACCCGAGUCUCUGAAGUCAAACCUAGGAUGGUAGUGGCAACAUAUACCUGUGACCAAUGUGGAGCUGAGACCUACCAACCAAUUCGGUCUCCUGUCUUCAUGCCACUGAUUAUGUGCCCAAGCCAGGAGUGUCAGACCAACCGCUCAGGAGGUCGGCUUUACUUACAGACUCGUGGCUCCAAAUUCAUUAAGUUCCAAGAGUUGAAAAUGCAAGAACAUAGUGACCAGGUACCUGUGGGAAACAUCCCACGAAGUAUCACAGUGUUAGUAGAAGGAGAAAAUACACGGCUGGCCCAGCCAGGUGACCAUGUCAGUGUCACUGGUAUUUUCCUGCCAAUGUUGCGUACUGGAUUCCGACAGGUGGUACAGGGCCUGUUGUCAGAAACUUACUUGGAAGCCCAUCGGAUUGUGAAGAUGAAUAAGAGUGAAAACGAUGAAGCUAGUAUUGGGGAGCUGAACAAAGAAGAGUUGAGACAGAUUGCAGAAGAAGAUUUCUAUGAAAAACUGGCAGCCUCAAUUGCUCCUGAGAUUUAUGGCCAUGAAGAUGUAAAGAAGGCACUGCUUCUCCUGUUAGUUGGUGGGGUAGAUCAGUCCCCUCGGGGAAUGAAGAUCAGGGGAAACAUUAAUAUCUGCUUGAUGGGGGAUCCUGGUGUGGCCAAGUCUCAGCUUUUGUCUUAUAUUGAUCGUCUGGCCCCCCGAAGCCAGUAUACGACAGGCCGGGGGUCAUCAGGUGUGGGACUAACUGCAGCAGUGCUUCGGGAUGCAGUAAGUGGGGAGCUGACCUUGGAGGGAGGUGCCUUGGUACUAGCUGACCAGGGUGUGUGCUGUAUUGAUGAGUUUGAUAAGAUGGCAGAGGCUGACCGCACAGCAAUCCAUGAAGUAAUGGAGCAGCAAACUAUUUCUAUAGCAAAAGCGGGCAUCCUUACCACACUUAAUGCUCGAUGCUCUAUCCUGGCUGCUGCUAACCCUGCCUAUGGACGAUAUAAUCCUCGUCGCAGUCUGGAACAGAAUGUACAGCUUCCUGCUGCUCUCCUGUCUCGAUUUGACCUUCUCUGGCUCAUCCAAGAUCGCCCUGACCGUGACAGUGACCUGCGGUUGGCCCAGCAUAUCACUUAUGUGCACCAACAUAGUCGACAGCCUCCUACACAGUUUGAACCACUGGACAUGAAAUUAAUGAGGCGUUACAUUGCCAUGUGCAGAGAUCAGCAGCCUGUAGUGCCCGAGUCUUUGGCUGAUUAUAUCACAGCUGCCUAUGUGGAGAUGAGACGUGAAGCCUGGGCCAGUAAGGAUGCUACCUACACCUCUGCUCGGACUUUGCUAGCUAUUCUUCGGCUUUCUACUGCUUUGGCCCGACUUCGUAUGGUAGACACUGUAGAAAAGGAAGAUGUGAAUGAGGCCAUAAGACUAAUGGAGAUGUCUAAGGAUUCAUUGCUAGGGGACAAAGGGCAAACAACAAGAACCCAACAACCGGCAGAUGUGAUUUUUGCCACAGUUCGAGAGCUGGUCCCUGUGGGCUCAGGUAGCCAAAGCAUCCGUUUUUCAGAGGCUGAACAGCGCUGUAUAUCUAGAGGCUUCACACCUGCCCAGUUCCAGGCUGCACUCGAUGAGUAUGAAGAACUCAACAUAUGGCAGGUUAAUGCUGCCCGAACACGGAUCACAUUUGUUUGACCUUUGGCACUAUUUAAGCAGCAUUUUUUAAAGCCUAAUGCUUGAAUGUAGAGAAUGCCUUCUCUGCCUAGGCAGGGGGAAGUUUAAAACUGCUACAAUAUGUAUGUUACAUAUUUACAUUGCUAAUAAAUUGUUUCCUGAA